GACUGUCCUAUACUUGCUGAGGAGCAAACUCCUGCCUUUCUCCAUGGUGAUUCAAUGCCUGACAGAGGUUGUGGUGGAAGAAGCACACAAUGCUGGUGAUUUCAACUCUAGCAUUUGUGAUCACUCUGCUUGGACUAUCUAGGACCUCAGAGGCAGCCAUAGCUGCUUCUAAAAGAGAGAAUGAUCACUGGGGUAAGAAUCAUGGCAGGAUUUCAGAGGUACCACAACAGAAACUAAAACAACAGUUGGAACCCCUGUCGAUGUCUAAGCAAUGCAACAUCCCUCCAGACAGCCGCUUUGACUGUGCCCCAGAGAAGCUUCUCUCUCAAGAUGAAUGUCAAGCUCGGGGAUGUUGUUACGUCCCUGUCUCUUCCAAAGGCUCUGCUGGUUGGCAGCCAUGGUGCUUCUUUCCUACCAAUUACUCUAGUUACAAGAUGACAAACCUAACUGCCACCAAGACUGGCUACACUGCCCACUUGAUCCGCAGUGCACCUUCUUUCAUGCCAGAUGACAUCCUGAAUGUGCAGCUGGAUGUGGUCUUUGAGACCAAGGGGAGGCUUCACUUCACGCUUAAGAAUCCAGCUAGAAAACGUUAUGAAGUUCCUUUAGAAACCCCCAAGGCCACCAAUAAGGAAUCCUCAACUCUCUAUUCUGUGCAGUUCUCUGCUGAUCCCUUUGGCCUCAUUGUUUUUCGACAGUCCAAUGGCCAAGUUCUGUAUUUGGAAUUUAUAUUUUGCAUAGGAAGCAGUGCACCUAAUAUAUAUGAUGUACAAUGGAAUGAUCUGGAUUAUAUGGACGCUAAGCGAGACUUCACCUUCAACAAGGAUGGUUUCAGGGACAUGCCAGACAUGGUGAAUGAUUUCCAUUGUGAUGGUCGGAGGUAUGUCAUGAUUGUG